AUGAACCUACCAGGCAUUGAAUGGCCUUCUACUAGUAUUAAACCAAACUGGCCUUCUCCAGCUCAGCACAAUUUAUUUAUUGACGUAUUGGCCAACCAUGGAAUGUCGCAGAUCGUUGAUCAACGAACAAGAGGCGAGAAUACACUUGACUUCAUAGCUGUUAAUUACCUCACACUUGCAAACAGAACUGAGAUACUUCCAGGGAUCUCAGAUCAUGAUGCACUUUUUGCAGAAAUUGAUAUUACACCCAAAAGGCACGGUCAGGCUAAGAGAAAGAUUCCCCUUUAUAAGAAAGCUGAUUGGGAAGGGAUUGUUAGCCAAAUUAUCACCACAAAUCAAUAUAUUCGAGAGCGUGCUGACUCUGAAAGUACCAAUAGUCUAUGGAAUAAAUUCAAAUCUGAUCUGCACACAGCUAUUGAGAAACAUGUCAAUGCUGUUCCUCAUGUAAUAAGCCCCCAUGGAUUUCUGCUAAGAUACGUAACCUUCUAA